AAUACUAUUGAAAGUAAUCUUUGUCUCUUGGCUGUAAACAGGUUGUGUUACAGGAGUAAACUGAUCAUUCUGACAGACACAAAAGGACUUACAUGCUGAGUUGAAGUACCAAAACUAAAUUAACUGGAAGUGUUUCAUAUACCAAUAAGCUGAUGCGAAAGAUGGCACAGUUCUCUGACAUGAUUUCUUUUUCACUCUUGAUGUUGAUCCCAAUCUUUUUUUGUUCUGACUGUGAUGGUGGAAAAGUUUUAGUGGUGCCUUUGGAGGGAAGUCAUUGGGUGAAUAUGAAUGUCCUCAUCAAAGCUUUGCAUGACCAGGGACACACCGUUGAUGUGAUACGCACCAACAACAGCUGGUACGUCAAAGAAAACUCAACAUAUUACAAUUCUAUAACCAUACAUAACAGCAAAUGGAUGGAUGAAGAGUUUAUAAAGGAAGUUAUCCACAAAAUGAUUAACCACGACAGAGGGAAGAGCUCAUUGCUGAGUAUUGUAAGAUUGCAUAUGGACAUGUUCAGUUCAUUAUCCAAAGUUCAUGGAAUGAUAUGUGAGUUUGUGACAAACAUAUUUGAAAAUGAAGAAAUAAUGAAGACUCUGAAGGAAAGGCAGUAUGAUUUAAUUCUUACUGAUCCCAGCUGGGGUUCUGGAAUUCUGUUGGCUCAUAAACUCCAGCUACCGGUGGUCUAUAAUGCGAGAUGGACAGUUAGUAGUGAAGGACACCUGGAGAUCGCUCCUUCACCAUUAUCUUACAUCCCUAUGACGAUGUCAGGACACACAGACAAAAUGACGUUCUUUCAAAGAGUAAAAAAUGUUUUCUUCUAUAUGCUGAUGGACCUUCCCAGUAAGCUUUUCACAGAGCCACAGUACCAAGCACUUUGUGACAAAUAUUUUCAUCCACCUGUAAAUUUUCGUGAACUUCUCCGGGGAGCUGAUAUUUGGCUAAUGAGAGUUGAUUUUGUUUUUGAAUUUCCUCGUCCAACCAUGCCAAAUGUCAUCUACAUUGGCGGCUUCCAGUGCAAACCAGCAAAAACUCUCCCACAGGACCUGGAGGACUUUAUGCAAACUUCUGGAGAUCAUGGUGUCAUCAUCAUGUCUUUAGGAGCGUUUGUGAGUAAUCUACCAGAUGAUGUAAGUGAAGAAAUAGCUGCUGCAUUUGCCCAGCUCCCUCAGAAGGUGAUUUGGAGAUACACUGGUAAGAGACCAUCUACUCUGGGCAAUAACACAUUACUGCUUGACUGGAUGCCACAGAAUGAUCUUCUAGGACAUCCAAAGACUCAAGUUUUUGUAGCUCAUGGAGGAACCAAUGGAGUUCAGGAAGCUUUGUACCAUGGUAUUCCAGUGGUUGGAAUUCCACUUUUCUUUGAUCAGUAUAAUAAUCUUCUUCGACUGCAAGAAAGAGGAGGAGCCAAGAUUCUCUCUAUCGCAACUUUAGAUAGGAACAUACUGCACACGGCCAUAAAGGAAGUCAUCAAUGAACCGUCCUACAGACUGAGUAUGCAGAAGCUUUCUCAUCUUCACAGAGACAAACCAGUUCAACCUUUGGACAGCGCCCUCUUUUGGAUUGAGUUUGUUAUGAGACACAAAGGUGCUGCUCAUCUUCGUACAGAGUCUUACAAACUGCCUUGGUACUCCUAUUACUCAGUAGAUGUUGCAGUUGUAUUGUUUACAGUUGUUUUGAUAUUUUCUCUCUCUGUUUUUUGGACCGUUAAAUAUCUGUGUGUCAUGUUGUGCUGCAGCAGAAAAAGGAAAACUGAGUGAUGUGUACAUGUUUGCAUAUGAAUUACUCAGUAGUCAACUCAAAAAGGUUUACUCUGUCAUUGCUUACUCUCAUGUAAUAGCACAUUUAUAUACUCUUCUUGAAACACAAACAAAUUGUAAAGAAGACCUGCCUUGUUGCUACUGUGGAUAUAGGGUGUCAAACUCAGAUUUGCAUCUUUUAAAGUUCAGAUGCUCUUUUUAAAAUAUUUGGGGUCAACCUCUGGCACAGCUUUAAAGCUGUAACUUAUUAAAUCCUAUCAGAGGUCUAGAAUGUCAUUGAAACACACCAGUGGCUUUGUUGUCAUCAGUAUUAUCAUGUUACCCCUUGAAGUACCCCUCCCCACAGAGCCCCUCACAUAACAAAUGCCAAUUUAACCCCUGUGUAUAUAACAUUUUAAAUCUUAAAUUCAUAACCAGUAGACUCAUGAUCAUUGAUUACACCAGAGCGGGCCCUAGACCUAGCAAAAUUUGGUUUAAAAUUUUUUUAAAUUUUAAUCUAUUAAAUUAUGUUUAAAUUA